AUGGCUUUCAAGUUCGUAGCUUUCGCAACCCUUUUGGCUGCCGCCAACGCUGGACUCAUCGGCGCCCCAUUGGCCUACUCCGCCGCCCCGGUAGCUUACUCAACACCAUUGGUAGCUAAAGUAGCCGCCCCAGUGGUAGCUAAGGUAGCUGAGGAAUACGACCCUCAUCCACAAUACUCUUACGGAUACGAUGUCCAAGAUUCUUUGACCGGAGACAACAAGCAACAACAGGAGACCCGAGGAGAUGUCGUCCAAGGUAGCUACUCUCUCGUUGAUGCUGACGGUUUCAAGAGGACUGUAGAAUACACCGGACCAAUCCACGGAUUCAACGCUGUAGUCCACCGUGAACCUUUGGUAGCUAAAGUAGCUGCCCCAGUACAUUACGCCGCCCCAAUCGCUAAAGUAGCUUACGCCGCUGCCCCAGUACAUUACGCUGCCGCCCCAAUAGCUAAAGUAGCUUACUCCGCCCCAUUGUCUUACUCCGCUCCAUUAUCCUACGCCGCCCCAGUUGCCGCCCCAGUGGUAGCUAAGGUAGCUGAGGAAUACGAUCCUCAUCCACAAUACUCUUACGGAUACGAUGUGCAAGAUUCUUUGACCGGAGACAACAAGCAGCAACAGGAGACACGUGACGGAGAUGUUGUCCAAGGUAGCUACUCUUUGAUUGAUGCUGACGGUUUCAAGAGGACCGUUGAAUACACCGCUGACCCAAUCCACGGAUUCAACGCCGUCGUCCACCGUGAACCAUUGGUAGCUAAAGUAGCCGCCCCAGUUGUCGCUAAAGUUGCUUACGCCGCCGCCCCAGUCGUAGCUAAGGUAGCUGCCCCAGUCGCCUACGCUGCUCCAGUAGCUAAAGUAGCCUACUCCGCCCCAGUAGCUUACGCAGCCGCUCCAUUGGCUUACUCCGCCCCAGUGGUUGCUAAGGUAGCUACCCCAUUGGCUUACGCCGCCCCAAUUGCCAAAGUAUCUUUCUCCUCCCCAGUAGCCAGCUACUACCACUAA